CCCCGCGAGGACCUCCUGCGUCCCAACUCCGAAGCCCGAGAACGAGGUGAAGAGAAGGCGAGACCCCGCCGCCUCUUUUCUCGCCCUCGCCCUCUACCGGUCGGACCCCAAACCCUCUCUGCGCCGCCGCUUUCCCCCAUCCCGAGAUGGAUGGCUCCCUCACCGACCGACUCCCGGAGGCGGCCGCGCUUCCCGAAGGCUUCGUCGAGAGCUCCGGCGAUUCGCCGGCGCCCCGCACCCCAACCACCGGCACCGACUACAAGGUGCCGCUGAUCGAUCCCGACCGCCCCAACGAGCCGUGGAACGGGUCGCUGCUGCCCCUCGCCGUGGAGAUAUCCUGGGCCGCCGGCGUCGGAGCGGGGGCCGGGGAGAAGCCCGGAACUUGUCCCGAUUUCUUGCCGGAGAGGGACAUCCAAGAAGUUAGGGUUUCAUCGACCCAACCGAGCGGUGGGCCUCUGGAGGCGUCAAAGAAGGUUCAAUCGCCUCAAGAUGAGCCUUUCUUGAAUUCUGCUCACGAUUUGGGUGACAAGGCUUAUCAGGGUUCGGCUGUUGUCACCCAAGAAAGGCUCGAGUCACUUUGUCGGGAGCUACAAUCUCAAAAUAAAGUGCUAAUGGACGAGUGCCAGAGAGUAUCAACAGAGGGACAGAAUGUGAGAUCAGAUCUGUCUGUGACUUUUAAGGAUACAAUUAAGGAUGUAAGCAGUAAGCUAGAACAGCAGAAAGAUGAAUGUCUUUAUCAACUAAGGGAGAAUGAGAUGCUAAGAAACCAGUUAGAGCAUCUUGCUGACCAGUAUGCACUUGCUGAACAACAAUUUGCCCAAGAGAUGAAGCAGAAAAUUGUGGAACUUGAGCUUGCUGAUCAGAAAAUUCAACGACAAGAAAGGUUAAUGCAGGAUCAAACCCAGAUGCAGUUAUAUGUUGAACAGGUUGAAGAAAUAUUGGCCACUGAGAAGAAUCUGCAUUUACAGCUAGCAGACGAUGGAGAUAAAUUUCAGCAACUCCAAGACGCAUUGUUGAAAAGUAAUGAACUUUUCGAUUCAUUUAAGCAGGAGAUGGAAAAGAUGGCAAGAUCAGUAAAGGAACUUAAGAAGGAAAAUGAGUUCUUAAAGAGCAGAUGUGAGAAGUCAGAUAUCACGCUUGUAAAGCUUGUUGAUGAGCGCGAAGACAUGAAGAAGCAGCUGGAGAAAGCAAAGAGUCAGAAGGAAAAGCUUGAAUCUUUGUGCCGAUCGCUGCAGGCAGAAAGAAAAUAGAACCUAGUAGGGGGUGAUAACAGUGAUCCAGUUACUAUGCAAGUCAGAUCGGAAUCAGCGGGAAAGACUCCUAAAGCCAACAGAAUUUGGCAGUUUACAUAUGCAAAAUUUUGCCUGAGAUUUCAUAAGAUGCUGUUUUGCAGGUAGGCUGAGGGAAUGUGAUUCUUUCUUUCAACAUUUUCCAUGUAUCAUCAGAAUAAAUGUUACUAAUCAUGUUGGAAAGCAAUUAUUCAUGGGGAAGGCAAUAUUACCUUUUUAAAUAUAUAAAUGUGAAGAUUUUACCAACAUA